AUGGAGUCAAGCCGCACAAAACCUUCGCACAGAAGACGGCGGGAUUCGUCCCGGUCUUCCCAGCGCACAGAAGAUCGCAAGCAACGCACAAGGUCGCGCGAAGAUUCUCUUGAACGACGGAAGGAGCCACGAUCAGGACGCGACCGCUCACACGAGCGACGAUCGCAUCGACACAGCAGAGACGGCGACUCCGAUCGCUACAGAGAAUCUCAUCACAGGCGAGAACGACGAGAACGGGAUGCGGAUGAUUCUGGAAGCGAAGCAAGAAGUUCAAGACGGGAGCGCAAGCACAGAGACCGCUCUCGCUCUCGAGACGACAAGGAUCGAUCACACCGGCGCCAUCGCUCUGGAUCUCCACCCGCCAAGAAGCGACGAGCGCGAUCACGCAGCGCUUCGAGAUCACCACCCAAGUCUGAAGUGAAGAGAUCUCGAGCGCCAUUACCGUCUCAAAAUGACUCUUUCCGCGGCGAAGUCGCACCAGGCGAGGCACCUCCUCCAGAAAAGCAGAAGCCCAACUUCAAGCCCACCGGACUCCUGGCCAAAGAAGCCAACACAGUCGCCGGCACAACGACGGUCCUCAAAUACAACGAACCUCCUGAAGCGCGAAAGCCCUCGUCCAAAGAGCAAUGGCGCAUGUACAUCUUCAAAGGAAAAGACUUGGUCGACACAGUCUACCUCUAUCAACGCAGUGUCUGGCUCAUGGGUCGUGACCAGAGAGUCACGGAUCUACCGAUCGAGCAUCCGAGUGUGAGCAAGCAGCAUGCGGUGAUUCAAUUCAGAUAUGUUACGAGCACGAAUGAGUACGGAGACCGGGCGAGUAAGGUCAAGCCGUAUUUGAUUGACUUGGAGAGCACGAAGGGAACGAAGUUGAACGGAGAGAAGGUGGAGGCAAGUCGGUAUGUGGAGUUGAGAGAUCAGGAUGUCAUUGGGUUUGGAGAUAGUGAGAGGGAGUAUGUCAUGAUGUUGCCGGAGAAGUAG